AACUCGCAAGGGCCGUGGCGUGCAAGCCAUGGCCUUUUAUGAAUAAACAAGAAACCAAUUUAUACCUUACGCUCACUGCUAAAUAUGGCAAUCCAUCGCCGUCUUGGAUCCCCAAAUUCCACUGCUUUGUGCUGUGCCAUCCAUCAAACACCAGCCAAAAGCCAAAGCCGCCUCUUCCCUUUGUAAAUAUGCUAUGGAUUUGACAACAAUAUUCACAAUACCUUCACUUUGUCUGUAUUUGGCCACACACAGCCAUAUCCAAUCCCAGAUAUUAUAUCUCAUUCAAACUGAAAUUAAAGGCUCUGAUUGAAAUUCAUCACUAUGAUAUUUAUGCAAGACACAGCAGAUAUUUGUGCCCGUGUAAAAGGAAAGGGGUUCAAUGCAUGGGAAGCUAGCUAGCCCAGGAUAAGCAUGUAGUAUAGUGCCUUUAUAGCAAAAGGUUUUGAAGAAGAAAAAAAAAAAAAAAAACACUGUUAGAGGGUGGUGGUGGUGCUUAGUUUUGAAGCUGAAAAGGGAAAAAUGGAUGCAGACGACCACAGGACAUGGGCUGGAAAAAACCACACGCUAUUGAGCUCCAUUGGUUUCCAUGCAAACAUUUGUUGUUUCACACUUCCCCCUAUAAAUAUAUUCUUAUCUCUAAUCCUUUCCGAGAGAGCUCGUAGUUUCAACAAAAGUUAUGGAGAGACAGGAGUACAUCAAAAUACAAAAUUUUGAAGUAGCCUCUUCGCAGACAUGUCCAACUCCUAGGAGGAAGAAGAAGAAGAAGAAGAAGAAGAAGAAGAAGAAGAAGAGCAACAACAUGAACAAAAGAAGGUUUAGUGAUGAACAAAUCAGGUCACUGGAGUCCAUAUUUUAUUCAUCGGAUUCAAAGCUUGAUUCGAGGAAGAAGGUGCAGCUGGCAGCCGAGUUGGGACUCCAACCUCGCCAGAUUUCUGUAUGGUUUCAGAAUAGAAGAGCAAGAUGGAAGUCGAAGCAGAUGGAGAACGAUUUCAGGAGCCUCAGAGCUAGUUAUGAUAAUCUAGCGUCUCAGUUUAGAACUUUACAGGAAGAGAACAACUCCUUGCUCUCACAGUUGCAAAAGUUAGGCGAGCUUGUUGAAGAAGAACCUGGUGAGGGAUGUUAUUCCAAUAAUUUUGGAAAAAACGCUGAUGAGAAUCAAGCAAAGCUAGAAAUCUUAGAAGAUGAACCGGAACAGAAUGGAGUCACGUAUUUGAACAACAAUUCAAAGACAGAGAAUGGAGGAGGACAUCAAGCGACCCAUUUGUUGGAAGGCAGAAGCAACGGCAUAAGCCACAGUGAGGAGCAAGUAUGGUGCGAUUUUGAGUCGGAUGGUGGUGUCAUCUUUGAAUAUCAGCCGUGUAGCAGUUUGCACUUGCAGGGGCCAAGUUUCUGGGGAUGAGAGGAUUCCAGAGAAAACUAGGCUACAUCCACUUAGAACUAAACCUCGUGUAGCAGUCUGCAGUGCCUAAAUUUGCAGGGAUGACAAAGGAUUCCAGAGUUAACUAAAAGUGGCUCACAAAUAUUGGUCUUAAUACUGCUAGGUCGGUCUUAUUACUAUCAGAUUGGCUCCCCGAACAACUUGGAUUCUAGGUGCGAUCUUUCCAUGGCUUUACAUCACAAAGAAACUGUUGCCUCAGCUCACCGGUUUAGCUAACUGCUUGACAUUAAAGAUUGCCAAUUAGAGUUGGUUAAUAUGAACUAAUCCUAGAAACUGGAGACUUGCUAGUUGCUUUGUAACACAUUUACUAUGAAUCCAAGUUCCCAUAGUAGCUGCACUCAAGAGUUUGGCAUGGACAAAGCAAGUAGUACGUUUUAAUCCCUUGUUUGUGCACUUACAAAAGAAACAAACAGAAGAAAAAAUGGACGUUCAACGCUUUCAGAUGCAUCAGUGCAUUAAAGAAAUAAUGCAACCAGCUUCAUUCCU